GUCGCCGCCCCCGUCGCCUACGCCGCCCCCGCCGUGAGCUACGCUGCCCCCGCCGUCGCCGCCUACGCCGCCCCCGCCGUGGCCAAGGUCGCCGCCCCCGUCGCCUACGCCGCCCCCGCCUACUCUGCCUACGCUGCCCCCGCCGUCGCCACCUACGCCGCCCCCGCCGUGGCUAAGGUCGCCGCCCCCGUCGCCUAUGGCGCGUACGCCGCCCCCGCCGCCUAUGCCGCGUACGCCGCCCCCGCCGUCGCUAAGGUCGCCGCCCCCGUCGCCGCCUACAGCGCCUACGGUGCUUACGGUUCUUACGGCGCCUACCUGCACUAAGACGCAUCGGUAGAGUAACUUCUUUGUUAUCUGUUCGUGUCUUCACCUUUUCCAUAUUCGCCAUCAAGUAACUUAUUAUGCAAUUCACAUACUACUACUCAUGAUGAAAUUCGUGCUGUCGUCUGAGAAAUGAUGUAAUAAGUAUCUUCGAAAGCAAAAUAAACUUCUUUUUUCGACCACCC